GACCUAAGCCCUGGUACUGUAAGUAACAAAACAGAUCGAGUAUAGAACACGCUAGCGACGCUGUGUAACAUCGUGUUCAUAUAUAUGCAGGUGGCUAACAAGGAUAGAUGGCUUGGUGCGGGGUAGGGGAUGGCGCACAGUUGCAUUAGGGAAGUGCUGCGCCGCACCAAUACAUUACAACCAAGACCUACAUCUCGCACGAAACACUUGGAAUUGUUUGGGAUGUCGCGUCCAUCUCUAGGCAUCGCCUGCAUUCUAGGUCCACGGACUUCGCGCUGUUGUCACACAGACCAAUCUUAGGGUUGUUCCUCGGCGAUUCUCCACGUGCGAGGUCUCGACCUUCUGAGUCGAGAUUCGGGACCGCUACAUACAGUCAAUCCAGGACGGCAUCUGUAGAUCAGAGUCUAGCAAUCGAGCAUGUAUUCAUCCACUCAAAGUGACGGCACCUAUCAAGGUCCAGUCUUUCGUGCCUGGAUCUCCCCGAUUAUUGCUAUCAUCUUUGGCUACUUUUCACUGCAAUUUAUUUACGACGUGUUUUUCCAUCCGUUGGCGAAAUGCCCAGGCCCAUUCUUCGCCAAAUUCUCUAAGCUGCCGAACUUCUACCACGCUCUAAAAGGUGAUCGCCAUAUAUGGAUCUGGCAAAACCACCAAAUUUACGGCGACAAAGUCCGAGUUCAUCCCAACGAAGUCCUCUUUCUCGCACCACAAGCGCACAAAGAUAUCUAUGGAGCCAAAGCAAAUGUCGGCCGCGCCAAAUCGUACAGAGCCUGGCAAACCUCAACAGAGGCCAAUACAGCUUUGACUACCGAUCCGCCAACCCAUGCUCGUAAAAGGAAGAUCUUGAACCAGGCGUUUACCGAGAAGUCGGUGAAGCAUGCCGCAGACUUUGUGGUCGAACAUACCGAAAGAUGGAUUGAACUGCUUGCAGACACUACGGAUGCGCCUGGAAAGGAUGGUUGGACCAGCUCGCGUAACAUGUCGGACUGGAACGAUUGGCUUGUGUUCGACAUACUGGGCGACUUGUGCUUUGGUCGUUCAUUUGACGUCAAAGAGCCAAAGCCCAAUCCGAUCCGCAAGAUUCCCCAUCUCAUCAUCCAGCACGUGCAGCUUUUCUACCCGAUUCUGCAGUCCCCGUUCGUGGACUUUUUCAUAUGGGCAAAACCAAGGGGACUGGACUACCUCCUCAAUAUGAUGGCCCCGCAGGAGAUAAGGUCUUACUACGCGUUCAUCAACAACAGCGUAACGAGUCGAAUGCAGAUGGAGCAAGAGAACAAGAACGAAGACACGGCUAGAAAGGACAUGUUCCACUUUCUCUGCAAGGCCACGGACCCCGUCACGGGUGAGCAUUACUCCGAGGACGCGCUGCAGGGCGAAGCCGCCAUGCUUAUCGUGGCGGGUUCCGACAGUACAUCCUCGGUCCUUGCUGGGCUGUGGUUCUAUCUAUCCCGCAACGAGGCAGUGUACAAACGAUUGGGAAACGAGAUACGCAGCACGUUUCGGAACUCCGACGAGAUCGUCAGCGGCCCAAAGCUGGCGUCGUGUGUGUACCUCCACGCAUGCAUAGACGAAGCGCUGCGUAUCGCACCGGCGGGACCGAGUGAGUUCGCACGCGAGAUACUCCCAGGCGGGGCCGUCAUCGACGGCGAGUUUUUCCCCGCCGGUGUAGUCGUGGGAUGCGCGCACUGGGCCAUGGGACACAAUGAACACGUAUUCGGCGAUCCAGGUCGCUUCCGUCCUGAACGCUACAUUCCCUCUGACAUUACAGGCGUCACUGCGGAAGACGUCAGCGCCAUCAGAUCGUACUAUCACCCGUUCCUCAUUGGGCCCUUCAACUGCGUCGGGAAGAAUAUUGCUAUGACGGAAAUGGCACUCGUUGUUGCGCGGACGCUCUUCCAGCUGGAUUUGAGGGCUGUGGUCGGGGAGGAUCUCGGGGCAGGGAGUGAGAGGCUGGGUUGGGGGAGGAGAGAUAAGAAGCAGUAUCAAAUCUCUGAUGCGUACAUCACUGUGCAUGAAGGGCCGAUCUUGCAGUUCAGGAAGAGGGUAAGCUGAGUGAGCAUAGGUGGUCGUCAGGUACUUUGCUUGAUGCGAAAUGU